ACAAAUUCAAACAAAAACAGAACAAUUAUUUAGCACGUAUGCAGCCAAAUAUGGAACUUAAGUAUUUGGCUAUACUUUGUUCACAAAUAUAGUUCAAUGCGAUGAAAUCUAGAGGAAAUGGAAAGAACUAACUGACAAGAGUUACGAAUAAAAUAAUAAAAAAUAUAAAGAAGUUAUUUUGGAUUUGAACUUUAAGCGGGCCGGACAUGGGGUACCAAAGACUACACUACAGUAUUUUAAUACUUGUCUUCUUGUUUAUGCAGACAGUUUAUGUGCAAACUCAGAAUCCUUCAAUACAUUCUAUGCAUAUUAAAUCAGACAUAACACAUCGAUUUGCUACGACGUUAGUUUCCAGCAAAGUUGUUAACAGUGUUGGGACACCAGUAGAGGCAAGUUUCCAAGCGGUGAUACCAGAUUCUGCUUUCAUCAUAGAUUUCCUAAUGGAAAUAAAUGGCCAGGUGUAUCACGGAGAAAUCAAGAAAAACGCGAGAGUGAAAGAAAAAUAUGAUAGGGGGAAAAAUAGUUGGCAAAAUGCAAGACAUGUGAAAGAAAAAUUCAGAUAUACUAACAGAUUUAGUUUUGAUAUAAACGUACCAGCUGAGAGUACAGCGACUUUUAAUCUGACUUAUCAAGAACUUCUAGAACGAGUCAAUGGCAGAUAUCAACACAAAAUAUAUGUCGAUCCAGGACAGAUUGUGGAAGAUUUAAAGGUUGAUGUGGCCAUUUCGGAAGCAAGAAAUAUAACUAGAAUUUUAGUGCCGCAACUACGAAAUAACACAAUAUCUAAUAAAAAUGAAGAAGAAAACGCCUUGGCUGUGAUUGACCGACCAACACCAAAGUCGGCCACUAUUCAAUAUGCCCCGACAGCCAAUGAUCAGAAGCAGGUUUCAGACCAGGGAAUAUCAGGGUUGUUUGUUGUCGAUUAUGAUGUCCAGAGAAAAUUUGACGCUGGUGAAUUCAUGAUUUCUGAUGGAUAUUUCACGCAUCUGUUUGCCCCUGAAAGCCUUAUACCAAUACCAAAAGAUGUUCUGUUCAUCCUAGAUGUGAGUUCAUCUAUGUUUGGUACUGAAAUACAACAACAAAAUAACGCCAUUGAUACAGUUAUACAAGACUUUCACAAUUUUGACAGAUUCAAUAUAAUGGAAUUCAGCACUAAUGCAAAAUUAUGGCAGCCUGAAAUUUUGAAUGCAAGCAAUGAAAAUAAACAAAAAGCACGUCAGUAUCUCAAAGAGAUGCAAGCGAAUGGAUAUACUGAUAUAAAUAAUGCAAUGCUGAAAGGAUUAGAGUUUCUCAACAAUAUUUCAAAAGAUGGUAACCGUAUGAAGAUGAUGGUGUUUCUCACUGAUGGCCAAGCAUCUAAAGGAGAACAAAAUCGAAGUAAAAUUCUCAGUAAUAUCGACGAGAAAAACAUUGAAUGUAUACCUAUUUUCAGUCUUGCAUAUGGAAACGAAGCUGAUUACGAAUUUAUUAAAACAGUUGCUGUUAAAAAUAAUGGGAUAGCUAGAAAGCUUUUCAAAGGCAGCGAUGCUUCUUUGCAAAUCAAACAAUUCUUCAAUGAAAUUUCGUCCCCUUCGCUGAGAAAUGUCACCUUGAAAUACCUGAAUAAGAACACAGAUAUAAUAGAAAAAGCAACCACAUUGAACUUUGACACGUUUUUUAACGGGAAGGAAAUUGUUGCUGCUGGAAAGUUAUUUAGUAUCGAUGGAGAUGUAAUCGAUGUUUUAAGUUCUGGUAUUGGAGUAGAUGGACCUAUAGAAUUGGCUUUAGAGAUUGACAUUCAAAAUCAGAUUCAUUCUACGGCCAAAACAUCUGACUACGACGGAAUAACCGAGAGAGUAUGGGCGUAUCUUACAAUCAAGCAACUUUUAGAAAAAGCCAUUGGUGAAUAUAAUACAACAGAAAAGAUGAGUUUAAAUCAUAGGGCCAGACAGUUGUCUUUGAAGUACAAGUUUGUGACACCAUUGACGACUGUGGUUGUUACGUUACCAGAUAAACGGCAUCACGGCACAUUCGAAGAAAAUGAAGAUGCUUUACUUGCCCUUGCUUUACAUCAUGCUGAGAAUAGAAAACAAAGUGUUCCGAAAGGAAUUAAACGCAAAGCUAACGGUAGUAGCAGCGGUAGUAGUACAGAAGGAGGAGGAGGAGGUGACCCCCAUUUCAUGGUUAAAAUUGAAGGCAUCGAGUAUCCAAUAUGCUUUGACGUGGAUGCUGGCGACGGAGAUGUGAUUCAGAUUCUGAAAGAUCCUUUAUUAGGUAUGACGAUCAAUGCUGGUAUUAUUGGUUCUAGGAGGAGAAAUAGAUUUGGAAAAUAUAAAACUUUUAUUGGAAACAUUUUUGUAAUGACACCUUCUGUUCAAAUCCAUAUAAAACCAAACCAAGUUAUAGUUAAUGGCUCCCCGGUAUCUUGGAAUAACAUUGCUUAUGCAUCCGAACUUGUUAGAAUACAUGUUAACAAAACUGUACACCAUGAUGAGACAAUGUUUAUACACUUUGGAAAUGAUAUUAGUGUCAUAAUUCGUAGAUUAAUGAAUGACACUUAUAGUCAGGGUGUUGACUAUCUUAAUUUUAACAUUGACAAAGAAACAGGGAUAUCAAACAUUGCCAAUGGCAUUUUAGGUCAGUUUGUACAUAAAAAGACAUCCCUGUUAAAGGUUAGUCUUGACAAGCAUGGACGAAAACACGGACAUUUUAGGGAGUUUAGUAAUAACCACAGAUCUCAUUUUAAAGCAAUUUUGCAUCAGAAGCCUGACAUUAUUAGUGGAGAAAAGGUGUUUUGUUGGAAUGUACAUAAGAAAACCAAAGGACUUCUUAACGACGAUUUACAAGAGUAUUUUGUUCCUGAUAUAACUUCUGUAUAAACAUGUGAAUUCGUUUUACACUAAUGUACAUGGGUUUCAUCCAUACCUUUAGCAGGCCAUUUUUCAUUAGUGAAGAUAACAAUUCCUUCCAUUUCUUUACUAAGUUUCUUUUUUUCUGACCAUAAAAUGUAAGGUGGUGGAGCGGUUUGUCCUGCUCAAUUUUAGUUUUUGGUUUGAUGUUAGUUUUCUAUAUUUUUUGAAAUCAUCAAUAAUUUGUAUUGAAAACUUCUAUGUUCAUUUACGAAUUGAUACUUUCUUGCUGAACGAAGUGUAUAUAGAUGACAAUAUGUGUUCAUUCAUAACCACUCUUGUAUGCCAUAUUUGUUCAUGUAGAGUAGUAAUCAACCAUAAAUCACCUACGCUAAUAUCUUUGAUAAUGUUUUGUAAUAUAGAAUAAAUAGAGGAUGUGCCUAUGGGACACAGAUGAUGCCCCCGUU